AAAAGAGAUUCCAUCUGAGUGAGACAGUUAGUUGGUUUGGUUCUCCUCGUAUGUAAAUUAAGCGGAAAUGCCACAUCGGACAAUGACUCCUUUUUUAGGCGGACAUGUGUCGACUUCUUACACGCCUUGCCUAAAAAGAAAAUUCCACGACCUCUUUAUUAAUAAAAAAACAAAAACAGACCAACCCUUCGCUUCACCGUCGAUUCCCGAUGAUGUUGACAUCUUGCGAACUGACCGAUCCACGGGCUCUCAUGAUUUCUCUCUCUUUCACUUUUUCUCUUCUUCUUCUUCUUUCUAUUCUAACUAAUCAGUCUCCAGUCUUCUUCACUUCGUCCUGCACUCUCUCUGCACUUCUUUAUCUAUCUACAUAUGGCUUCUGUCUAAGCUGCGGUUUCUGAAGUUGUUUCAGAAGUAGGUGAUUAUGGAUCCCAGCUUAAGGGGUUUUGCAAGUACAACGAAUGGAACACAAUUGGGAAAUCAACCUGUUUCUGUUCUUUCAAAUCAGAGUCUCGUUGUACCUGUACACAGGUUUGAAAAUUCCUCUAAAAAUCGUAACUUUAUCGAGUUUCCUUAUCAUCCUACCAAUUCAAAAUCAAGUAGUGUAAACCCAAAUUCAAAUGGGAAUCACGAAGAAGAUUCCCCAGAAGAUUGUGAUUUUUCAGAUACAGUGUUGAGAUAUAUAAGUCAAAUGCUUAUGGAAGAAGAUAUAGAGGAUAAGACUUGUAUGCUUCAAGACUCCUUAGAUCUUCAAGCUGCUGAGAAAUCUUUCUAUGAAGUUCUAGGCAAGAAAUACCCUCCUUCACCGGAACCCAAACGGGUUUCUAUCUGUCAAAAGGUUGAGAACCCGUAUGAUAGUUUCUCCAGUAAUAGUAGUACGAGUACCUAUUUAGAUGAUAACUCGUCUAUUCAAAAUCUGUGUCAUUACAAUUCCUUUCCACCACAAGUCAUUGGUAUUAAUAUAUCCCCAUCAUCUUAUGGCUCUUCCAAUAGUGAAAUCAAAAGUACAGAUGGACUCGUGCACUCUCCAAACAGUACUUUCCCAGUCCCUCAUUGGAAUAAUGAGAGCCAAUCCAUCUCCCAGUUUAUCAAGGGGGUUGAGGAGGCUAGUAAGUUUCUCCCCAAUGGUGAUGACUUGUUUCGUAACAUUGAGGUCAACAGGUUUUUAUUUAAGGAACCAAAGUCGAGCAGUAGUAGGUUUACAAUCAAGGAGGAGAGAAAUGAUGAAGGAGAGUACUCACCUGGAGGGCGAAGGGGAAGGAAGAAUCCAUACAGGGAGAAUGGAGAUAUAGAAGAUGCAAGGAGUAGCAAGCAACCGGCUAUUUAUGUUGAAUCUGACAUGGAAGAACAUGCGGUUGAUAAGAUGUUGCUUUAUAGUGCUGGGGAGGGUAAAAAAGAUUUCUCAGAUCUUUGUGAGUCACUGAAGAAUGCGGCAAUAAAAAGCGAGCACAAUGGGCAAUCAAAGGGAUGCAAAGGUGGAAAAGGUAGAGGUAAGAAACAUAAUGGGAAAAAAGAAGUGGUGGAUUUGAGAACCCUUCUGAUCAGUUGUGCACAAGCUGUGGCAGCUGAUGACCGUAGGAGUGCAUAUGAAAUGCUAAAGCAGAUUAGGCAGCAUUCCUCUCCUUUUGGUGAUGGGAAUCAGAGAUUGGCUCAUUGCUUUGCUAAUGGUCUUGAUGCACGCUUGGCAGGUACUGGUAGCCAGAUUUACAAAGGCCUGGUUAGCAAGAGAACAUCUGCUGCCAAUGUCUUAAAAGCUUACCAUCUUUAUCUUGCUGCAUGCCCUUUCAGGAAGCUCACUAAUUUUCUCUCUAACAAGACAAUAAUGGAGCUUUCAGCAAAUUCAGCAAGUAUUCAUAUUAUAGAUUUUGGUAUCCUUUAUGGUUUCCAAUGGCCUACCCUUAUUCAGCGUCUUUCAUGGAGACCGAAACCGCCAAAGGUUCGGAUUACUGGAAUAGAUUUUCCGCAACCUGGCUUUCGUCCAGCCGAACGGGUUGAGGAAACUGGGCGUCGCUUAGCAACUUAUGCUAAGAAGUUCAAUGUUCCAUUUGAGUACAAUGCCAUAGCAAAGAAAUGGGAAACCAUAAAAUUUGAGGAACUUAAGAUUGACAGGGAAGAAAUCAUUGUUGUUACCUGCUUUUAUCGGGCUAAGAACUUACUAGAUGAAACAGUAGUAGUAGAUAGUCCAAAAGAUAUUGUUCUUAGAUUAGUAAAGAAGAUUAAUCCUAAUAUUUUUAUCCUUGGAAUAAUUAAUGGGGCCUAUAGUGCCCCGUUCUUUAUUACACGGUUCCGAGAGGCUCUAUUUCACUUCUCUUCAUUAUUUGAUAUGCUAGACUCCAUUGUGCCCCGUGAGGAUAUGGAAAGGAUGCUGAUUGAGAAAGAAAUCAUCGGCAGGGAGGCAUUGAAUGUUGUAGCCUGUGAAGGCUGGGAAAGAGUGGAGAGGCCAGAAACAUACAAGCAGUGGCAGGUCCGUGCCUUAAGGGCUGGAUUUGUACAGCUGUCUUUUGAUCGAGAGAUUGUGAAGCAAGCAAUUGAAAAAGUAAGGAAGCUUUACCAUAAAAAUUUCCUAAUCAAUGAGGAUGGCCGAUGGCUGUUGCAAGGGUGGAAGGGGAGAAUAAUUUAUGCACUCUCUGCCUGGAAACCUAUGUAGGAAGCUUGAAAGAAUGCUUAUCGGCACUUAUGGUUUUCCUCUAUCCCCUAAGGUGGUUUGACCUAGACAAUUUAGAAUCUGAGGCAAAUUUAGUAGAUGAUGACGAUGGUCAACUGAUAUAUGAAGGACUGCAAAGAGUACAAUUGCUAGAGCAAAAGGAAGGUUAACCAAUUCACUUCUUGAAAUCACUGAGGUAUUAGCAGUAGCCAUUUGGAAUUCCAUUAUUCUGUCUGAUGAGAAGUCUGGCAUUUUCUUUAUUUUUUGAACUGAGAAAUAUAGGCAGUCGAAGAUUUGAGAAAUUUUGAUGAAGCUUGCAGAAUGUUAUAGGUAGCGAGGCAAGGUUAAGUGUUGUACAUAAUCAUCUUGACAAUUUAAAGUGGAGAAGAAAAAACAGUUUAACAGAAUUUAUAGUUAAUUUUACUUCUUCUCUGACU